GCUCAGAGCUGUGGAAGAGAUUUCAUGAAAUUGGCACCGAGAUGAUCAUCACCAAAGCUGGCAGGAGAAUGUUUCCUUCGGUCAGAGUUAAAGUAAAAGGUCUGGAUCCAGUGAAACAGUAUUACAUUGCGAUAGACGUGGUCCCAGUGGACUCGAAAAGAUACAGGUACGUCUAUCACAGCUCGCAGUGGAUGGUGGCUGGAAACACGGACCAUUCGUGCAUCACACCUCGGCUUUAUAUCCACCCGGAUUCGCCCUGUUCGGGAGAGACGUGGAUGAGGCAGAUCAUCAGCUUUGAUCGGGUGAAGCUAACCAACAAUGAGAUGGACGACAAAGGGCAUAUAAUUUUGCAAUCAAUGCACAAAUACAAGCCCAGAGUCCACAUUAUUAUCCAGGAUUCCCGAUUUGAUCUUUCCCAGACCCCAUCUUUGCCUGCAGCUGGUGUUCAGACCUUUUCUUUUAAAGAAACCGAAUUUACAACUGUCACCGCCUAUCAAAACCAGCAGAUCACAAAACUGAAGAUUGACCGGAAUCCCUUUGCUAAAGGAUUUAGGGACCCUGGAAGAAACAGAGGAGUUCUGGAUGGACUUCUGGAAUCCUAUCCAUGGAGACCAUCUCUGACCUUAGAUUUUAAGCCUUUUGGGACGGAACAUCAGAGUGGAAGUUCCAGUUCGUCUCCUGCAACAGCCUCUGGGGGAAUCCCAUCACCUCUCGGCUCUCUCCUUUCUCCCGCGGGUUCUCCUCCCACCUUUCACCUCUCCGCAACCAACCUUGGCAUGCCCUGCCCGGAUUCUUACCUGCACCAUCUUGGCCUACCCAUCUGCUACAAGAUUUGCCCUACCAACCUUUUAAGACAGCCGUCCCUCAUGUUCCCGAGCCACCAUAAGUUGGGAAGUGCCACCGGUCCUCACUUUUUCCCCCACUUCAUGGUGGAGGUGCCCACCUUGUCCUCUCUGAGCAUUGGCAACCUCAGAAGUGGCAAAGCAGAAGAUCUAGAUGGAGUGGUGUCCCAAGGGCCCAGUUCUGGUGGCCAGAUGUUGUAUGGCUUGCAUGCAUCUGGAAACAUUUUCCCGUCGGCGCCUGUCGCCCGAGAAACUUUAAACUGUGCCUUGCAUCCUCCUUAUGGGUUCUACGGUUAUAACUUUUCAGUGCCUUCUAGGUUAAUGAAUUCAUUGAGCCACUUCAAAGUGAGUGAUGGCAUGCCACCUCUGCUCCAGGACAGCAGGUGUAAUCAUUCUCCCUGGACAUCCACAGUUAACCACUGCCUCUAA